GCGCGUAUGUCUUUCAAAACAACAAUGACGUACCUUGCAUUGUGAAGCGUAUGAGGGUGAAACGGUGAAGAAGCUGCAAAAAUACAGCAAACAGCAGGAUGAAGGUGGUCAACCUGAAGCAAGCCAUCCUGCAGGCAUGGAAGGAGCGGUGGAGUGACUACCAGUGGGCGAUCAACAUCAAGAAGAACUUUCCUAAGGGAGCAACAUGGGACUAUCUCAACCUCGCAGAGGCCCUGAUGGAGCAGGCGAUGAUUGGUCCCUCUCCUAACCCCCUUAUUUUGUCUUACCUGAAAUAUGCUAUAAGCUCACAGAUGGUGUCUUAUUCCAGCGUCCUCUUAGCCAUCAGCAAGUUUGAAGAUUUUUCUCGGGAGCUGUGUGUCAAUUCACUGUUGGAGAUCAUGGACAUGUUCUGCCAUCGUCUUAGCUGUCACGGGAAAGCAGAGGAAUGCAUCGGACUGUGUCGGGCUGUGCUGGGAGUGGUGAUGUGGCUGCUGCAGGGCUGCGCCUGGUAUUGUGAGAGGCUGAGAGAACUGGGCCCCUCGGUCAGCACAGAGGCCAGUCUGAGAGCCUGCCAGGAGAGGCUUCAAAGUCUGAUGAACAGCACCAAGAACAGAGCCCUGGUCCACAUUGCACGGCUGGAGGAACAAGGAUCCUGGAGCAGUGUAGAACAAGCAAUGCAGAGAGUGACAGAAGGCCUCAGCAGUGUACCCAACCAGACACUGAGGACUAAACUAGAGGAGAGCUUAUCACUAGUGAAAGGUGUUCCCCUGAUGCUGUCAGAGCAGAGUGACCCUCCGGUCCAUGCAUCCUUUCCUUCAGUCCACGCUUUCAUCAUGCUAGAAGGGACCAUGAAUUUGACAGGGGAGACACAGCCGCUAGUGGAGCAGUUGAUGAUGAUCAAGAGAAUGCAGCAAAUUCCUACUGCUCAUUUUGUCCUGGAGGUCUGGAAGGCUUGCUUCACUGGCCUCAUUGAGUCACCAGAGGGCACAGAGGAGCUCAAAUGGACUGCGUUCACAUUCCUCAAGAUCCCACAAGUUUUACUGCGACUGAAGAAGUAUCCACAAGGUGACAAAGGACAGGACUUCAUGGAGGAUGUAAAUAUUGCUUUUCAGUACUUACUCAAGCUCACUCCACUGCUGGACAAAGCUGACCAGAGAUGCAAUUGCGACUGUCUCGGCAUGCUCCUACAGGAGUGUAACAAGCUUGGUCUGCUGUCAGAGUCUAAUACAGCCACUCUCACCGCAAAACGGACCGAGGACAGGGAGUUCGCCCCAAGGCUAAAGACAGCAGAAAAUGCUAACAUCCAGCCUAACCCGGGACUUAUCCUGAGAGCUGAGCCCACUGUUACCAAUAUUCUCAAGACUGUAGAUGCAGACCACUCCAAGUCCCCUGAGGGCCUUUUAGGGGUCCUGGGACACAUGUUGUCUGGGAAGAGCCUUGAUCUCCUCCUGGCAGCAGCAGCAGCCACUGGGAAACUUAAAUCCUUUGCCCGAAAGUUUAUUAAGCUCAAUGAGUUUCCCAAGCACAUCAGUGGUGAAGGAUCCAAAUCUGCAUCAGUACGGGCCCUGCUCUUUGACAUCUCCUUCCUCAUGCUCUGCCAUGUGGUGCAGACAUACGGUUCAGAGGUGAUCCUGUCAGACCCCAGCCCUUCAGGGGAGACCCCUUUCUUUGAAACGUGGCUGCAGACAUGUAUGCCUGAAGAGGGCAAGACUCUGAACCCAGACCACCCUUGCUUCAGACCUGAGCCUGGAAAAGUGGAGAGCCUGGUGACCCUGCUGAACAACUCCUCAGAGAUGAAACUUGUUCAGGUGAAAUGGCACGAAAUUUGCCUCAGCACCCCCGCUGCCAUCUUGGAAGUACUGAAUGCGUGGGAAAAUGGCGUGCUAUCUGUGGAGGCAGUACAGAAGAUCACUGACAACAUUAAGGGAAAGGUGUGCAGUAUGGCAAUCUGUGCAGUGGCCUGGCUGGUCGCCCAUGUAAGGAUGCUGGGGCGAGACGAGAGGGAGAAACCCCAGACGAUGAUUAGACAACUUGUGACUCCGCUGUAUGGGGAGAACACGCUGCAGUUUUACAAUGAACGCGUCAUCAUCAUGAGUUCCAUCAUGGAGCACAUGUGCGCUGACAUCUUCCAACAAACGGCGGCAACUCUGCGCCCCCCGAUGGAGGGUCAGGAGCCGAUACCUUACCGCAACCUGCUGCCCGCCAAAGAGCCCAUCCACAAGGCCCUCAGCGUGCAGUUCCAGACGGUACUGCGCAAAGGCUGGGUGGACAGCCGCGCCCUACAUCUGUUUGAGAGUCUUCUCAACAUGGGAGGGGUUUUCUGGUUCACCAACAAUCUGGUCAAGGAACUGCUGAAGGAGACUCGUCAGGAGUGGGCCAAUCGGGUGGUGGAGCUGCUCUACAGCAUCUUCUGUCUGGACACUCAGCAGAUUACCCUCACCCUGCUGGGUACCAUACUGCCCAACCUGCUCACAGACUCCGCCCACUGGCACAGCCUAGCAGACCCACCUGGGAAAGCACUCGCCAAGUUGUCUGUGUGGUGCGCACUCAGCUCCUACUCUUCUCACCACAAAGGCUCGUUCUCAGCGCGUCAACGCAAAAGGCAGCGAGAAGAUAUUGAGGACUACAACAGCCUCUUUCCCCUGGAUGACACGCAACCAUCUAAACUCAUGCGCCUGCUUAGCUCCAACGAGGACGAGCCUGUAGCCCUUUCCAGUCCAGGAGACCGAUCUAUGAGCAGUUCCCUGUCUGCGUCCCAGCUCCACACCGUCAACAUGAGGGACCCUCUGAACCGAGUCCUGGCAAACCUAUUCCUCCUCAUUUCCUCCAUCCUGGGUUCCAAGAUGGCCGGACCUCACACCCAGUUCGUGCAAAGUUUCAUGGAGGAGUGUGUUGAGUCGCUGGAGCAGGGAAGUCGUGGAAGCAUCCUACAGUUCAUGCCCUUUACUAUGGUUUCUGAGCUGGUGAAGCUGCCUGCUCUGGCCAAACCUAAAGUCGUCCUGGCCAUCACUGACCUGACUCUGCCGCUUGGAAGGAGAGUAGCUGCCAAAGCUAUAUCUGCCUUAUGAACAGUGUGUAAAUUUACAUCAGUAUUAAGUUAACAUCCUGUUGGCCCAAGACUGUGUCAGAGGGUAAAAAGCUAAUAUACUUUGUUUUGUAUCUGGCAGAAUAAUAAGAAUUGUAAGGGAUUCUGUUUGUUGGAGAAUGUGUCUGUAGCCAUUUAUCUAUAAACACUGUUUUUCUACUGUUUUUUUAAUGUUCCUUUUCACACUUGUCUAAAUAAAAUUUAGACUUAAACCUA